AUGAUGUGCUCAGAUCAACCGGAUCGGCAAUCUGUUCAGGCAUUUCGGCUGGUGCUUCUUGUGGCUGAGGUGCUGGUCGAGGGGGAGACGGUACUUGUUGUGUCUGGACUUCUGGUGAAGAAGGUGAUGACUCCACAUGGAUCGGUGAUGCUGGACCAAGAGGAGGAGAUGAAACUGUUGGAGUUGCUCUCACUUCCCUUGUUUCUUCCACCCCAAUUUAUUAUUAGUACCUAUGCCUAUCCUUCUCCGCUGCCACUCCCUGCUCGUCGUCCUCACCCACUUCGUAGGGGCUUCUUACUCGCCGCCGCUUCUUGCUCGUCAUUCUCGUCUAUUUCGCCGGGUUUUCUUCCACAGCCGCCUUUCCAGCUGAGCCGGCCGUUCCUCGCUGCACACGCCCGGCGGGUGUCCGUUAGGUGUCCGUCGUGGCGGGCCACCCUAUGGGGACUGCUGUUGUGGCUCCCCCUUUUCUCGCCCGUGCUGGCUGUGUUCUGGUUCCGGAGACUUUUCUCAUUCUGGACUGAAGCUUUCUUAGGGAUCAUGGGGCUUCAGGAAAAGUCUUCCUGUAGGAGUCGUGAGAGCGAUCUGCAUGCAAACUCAGAGUCAAAUAUAUAUGAAACUGGAAUUGACAUUGGUAUCUGAGAUUUAUGUUAUUUGGUGUCUGAGAAGGCCUACACAUUGUGACUAUUGAUGAUCCACCAUUUUGUUGCCAAGCGAGUACUUUCCUCAGUGUUUUUUUUCUAUUGCUCAUUCUUUGUGCAUUACUGAAAAUCGGUGAUUUUUGCAGAACUAUGGGAAAAUGAGCUUCUGAUAUCCACAAUGGCAGAAAAGGAGAAGUCAUCUACUACAUUUUCCAAGGGUUUGCCCAUACUGUUCAGGCCUACUUAAGCAGUAACUCCCUAACAAUGGACCCCAAAUUUCCCAGACAUUACAAUUUGUAUAGCGAAUUGACGGGUCAGAUUUCUGUACUUCUUUCUGUAGCGAAUUGAGGGCUCAGAUUUCUGUACUUAAAUUUUCUUUGUGCUCUAUGGUGCAUGGUGACCAAUGAAAGGGAGGUGUUGUUUUCAGGAAAUCAAAUUGAACAGAUGAACUUGAUUCAAGUAUGCCAUGAAUUAGGAAGCCCAUGAUCACCUAAUCUACCUUAUGCAGCUGCUGCUUAUCCUAAGCUUGAGGCCUCCAUCUAGCUUGGUGUUGUCUUGUCUCAGCUCCUAGACAAAAACUUCCUGUGAAUGUGCAAUGAUGUUCCAUCAUAUUUUAUGCUAAGUUGUAGAGAACAAUAUACCGCUUCUCUAUGUCUGUACAUAUUUGCACUGUAUAAUGUUUGUGAUUUUUAAUUCAUAAAUUAAUUAAACUAAAGUUUUCCAUA